GAUCUGUUGCUGGUCUUGUUCUGAGUACUUGCUGUGUAAGAAUAGCGGGUGGAUUUAUGUUUCAUGGAUCGUUGAUUCCGUAUUAGACGUCUCGAAUAUCGGUCGCGAUUUUUUUAAAAGUUUAUUAUUACUUCGUUCGUUUUGAUUUUUUUCGCUUUUUUAUAUUAUAUUAUUUUUUGUAAUUUUUUUUUCUUUGGUCGUAAAAUGAACAUUCGUCGAUUUUUUGAAAUAACCUAAGUUAUCGUUAUAAUUUAUAUUAUCGGUGGUUCUUGAUUCGUUUUCGUUGUUUUAUCGACUUGUGAUUUUGUUCUGUUUUAUUGUUUUUUAAAUUCAGUUCGUACUGUUAUUCUGGUUGCGUUUUCGUUAGUUUAUUGUUGUUCGAUUUAUUGGAAGUUCCCAGUUUUUAACAAACUGUUCAAUGAUGAAUAACAACAGGCCGUCUACCAGUCAUAACAUGUUUACCAGAUUUGACGCCAGCAAAUCAACGAAAGGCGCCAGUAAAUUACGAAGAGAUUUGAUAAAUGCCGAAAUAGCAAAUCUUCGAGAUUUACUACCAUUACCUCCAUCGACGAGGCAGCGUUUAUCACAGCUACAAUUAAUGGCUUUGGUUUGCGUAUACGUCAGAAAAGCCAACUACUUUCAGCAAGUUUUGAAACGCCAUGAAAUUGGAAUUCACCACUGCUCGCAGACUCCGAACAUCGGAUUUUCCAAAGCAUUAAGCGGUUUCUUGAUGAUGAUGACGCAGCAUGGUAAAUUGUUGUACAUAUCAGAUAAUGCAGCCGAAUACUUAGGACAUUCUAUGGAGGAUUUACUCAUACAUGGUGAUAGCGUAUAUGAUAUGAUAGAUAAACAAGAUCAUCAAGCAGUGCAAAAUGAACUAGUCAAAAGUGUACCAACACACGGUGAUGAUGAAAGGCUAUUUUUAUGUCGAAUGAAUGUUUCAAGAAAUGCCAGAAGACAAAUGCGAUUCGGUGAUCAAAAAGUGAUUUUGGUACAAGGACAUUACCUAUCGUAUCUACCAUUAUGUAGUCGUAAUGAGCCAGUAUUUCUAGCAACGUGUACACCGAUAGCGAUGCCUGAGACUAGAGAAUGCGUUGUUCAAGGUGCCACCAAUGUGUUUACUUCUAUUCAUUCGAUGGACAUGAAAUUUAUACAUGUGGAUCGCAACGGAGAGUUCCAUUUAGGAUUUCCGAAAUCCGAUUUACAAGGUGUUUCCUGGUACCAGUUAUUACAUUGGGAGAGUAUGAGGGAGGCACAGAAUAAGCACAGAUUGAUAACGCAAUCAGAACAAGACAGAUCGUGUAUACUUUUAAUUAGAAUGCAGAAAAGAUGUGGCAACUGGAUAUGGAUUCACUGCGUUCUUCAAGUGAAAGACAAUAUGGAAAACAGUCAGCAACCGAUUAUAGUCAGCACGAAUCAAGUACUUUCAGAACGCGAAGCUUUCCUAUUACGAUCAAAUAACUGGCUUUAUAAUUAUUACAUGGUACAAAGUAAACUACAAUACGGACUGACGUACGAACCGCAUACAACACCUAGGCCAGCGCCUACUCCUACAACGUAUUAUCAAAGAUCCGAAUCGAUGUCUCCGUAUCACGACCAUCACCAUAUAAUGUCACCUUAUCACCAACCAUCUCCUCAUCAUCAGCCUCAUCUACACCACCAUCAACUCUCCGUAUCUCAUUUACCUUCGGAUCUCAACUACCGUUACGUCAGACGUAUAGAACCGGAGCCGGUAGACUACUCGGUGCAUUCGUCUCAGGAUGAAACCUCCGAAGAGACCAGAUCUCCUUUCGUUAAACGCGAAUCUUUAGUAUCGGUUGUGCCAAAAUCUGAACUUUCACCAGCGUCUCCGUGCUCGGAGGUUAUUGUCGAUUUGGACGGUAACGAGGGUGCUGGAGACGGACUCCUUAUGUCUACCAUUUCAUCGUUGGGCCGAUCGAGAGCUUUAAUGAAGGCCGCUACCAAUAUCGUCGAUCCGGCCGAUCUGAUGGAUCAGUGGAAUCCUAGUCCACCGUGGUCGGACACGACUAUGCAAAAAGUUCCAGAUAUAUUGCAUCAAGAUCUCAGUCCGCAUGUUACUACCACGCCUCCUACUCCGGGUAGUAAUUCGUCUAUUCAGCAUUCUCAUCCGGCGUUCACGUUCGAUUGGACGCCCGAACAAUACGUACCGAAUAUACAGACUAUACCGAGAGCAGCCACCAUACCCAGUCCUUUGGAGGAGGAUAACUAUCCGCAUAUUUUACCGCCGUUUCCUUGGCCCUCGGAACAUCGACUUUUUCCAUUGCAGCCGCCUCCGGUGGCUAGGCCUUCGUUGAUCGUCAAAGUGGAAAAUGAUUCCAUGAGUCAUCAUAUUAAAGAUCAUAAAGAUAGAAAUGAUGGACUUUGAAAAAUUGAUCUUGAACGUAGAAACUAAACACGAGUACCAUAUUGACUGCGAGUCAAUUUUAUUUCCACCGUUAUACGAAUUCCGUCCACGAAUCUCACGAAAAUAUAAUUUUCAUUUUUUUUAAGAAUAUUAUUGUUUGUAAAAAAUCUUGAUUUUUUUUGUAUAGUGUAAAAUUGAAUUAAUUUUUAAGUAAUUUUUUGUCAUUGUAGAUUAUAUCUUAUUUAUUGCUAUUGCAAAUACGGUGGCUCACAUUGUGAGAAUUUUGAAGUAUGGCAUAUUGUCAAUCUAGUCUUUAGGUUUAUAUGAUUCUCGAUACCACUUUUAUUGUUUUAUUAGUACGUAUUUAAAGUGUACCUAGUUGAAUUUUGUAAAUGUUUUUGUAUUUUUUUUUCGAAUGUUGACAAAGACGUUCUUUAAAAUAAAUUUUACACUUUACCAUAAAUGCAUGAAAUGUUUAUUUUCUAUUGUACUGUUAUUCGUUGU